AGGGAAGAACCAAAAAAAAGGUGUAAGAGUUUAAAUUUUAUUGAGAUGGAAAACAAAUCCCGAGCUCUCUUUUCUGCGAUGUUAGUCGUGGCUUUAUGUAUCGGUGAUUUAGCAAGGUCGGGUAUAGCCCAAGUGCAGCAGCCGCAGCAACUUCCGAAUCUUCCCGGAAUCUUCCCACCCGGUUUUCCGAUUGAUAUCACGAAAUGUUGGUCAUCUCUCAUUAAUAUUCCGGGAUGUUUGGUGGAAAUCACAACGUCAAUUCUCACGGGACAUUUUGGACAUAUCGGUCCAAUGUGUUGCAAAGAGUUUUCGGCUAUAGAAGAUAAUUGUUUGCCAAAGAUGUUUCCUAUGAUUCCUUUCUUUCCUCAACUUCUCAAAAGCAGUUGUUCCGGGAAUGCGGCGGCUCCUCCUACAAACAAGUGAAGUGAUGAUGAAGUUACAACAUUAUAUCGUCUAGUUG